AUGUUCAUGUUACACGCUAUCCAGGUGAAAUCCACCCCGUCUCAGCCACCCCAGGUUCCAGUCAUCCCCAAUUCGGCGACAGCAGAGGCAGAUGCCCACUCAAUGCCCAGGGCGGAUCAGCCCGUAUUCGAGCAAACGGUGCCUAGUCGAACGACCCAAUCACGUCGAGUGGUCAUUACUAUAUUGCUGGUGCUUGCAAAUGUCGUGCAGAUGACGGUCAAUUUCGCGGGCGUUGCUGGGGGCAGCGCCUUGAGCGAAUCAUUAGGCGCCAAAGAUUCUUAUGCAUCAUGGAUGGCUGCUAGCUAUGCACUAACACAAGGCACUUUCGUGCUAGUGAGUGGUCGAUUGGGAGAUGUGAAUGGCCACCGAGAACUCCUUCUGGCCGGCGGUGCCUGGCUUACAGUGUGCACACUUGCCAGUGCCUUCUGCACUAACUUCUUCGCAUUCAUCACCGUACGGGCUCUGGCCGGGUUGGGCGGUGCGUUCAUUAUGCCGAAUGCAGUCGCCAUGAUCUCCAGCACCAACCCUCCCGGCCGUGUGCGAAAUGUCAGUCUGGGGUUCUUUGGGGCGUCGGCCCCCGUAGGAGGCUACUUUGGCGCCUUGUUCUUGGGUGCUUUCCUAGAGCGGACGGAGUGGAAGUGGUUCUUCAUUUUCAUUGCAUGUCUUGGAUUCAUCACCUUUCUGCCUAUCUGGGUAUUGAGUCCGCGCGAGCCACCUGUGGACCGAAAUGGGAAAAUCGAUUACAUUGGCUCAGCCCUCGGCAUAGGAUCAUUGAUCUUGUUCAACUUUGUUUGGAAUCAAGCACCGAGUGUUGGUUGGGCGACUCAUUAUGAGAUUAUUCUCCUGAUCAGCUCCGUGUUCCUGUUUGCCGGUUUCUUGCUCUGGGAGCGAAACUAUGCGGCCGAGCCAAUCAUGCCGCUGGACAUCUUUCGGGCUCCAUCUUUCCUGAUGCUGCUCCUGGUUGUGCUGCUGAAUUACAUGGCGGUAGGCACUCUGAUCUGGUACCAGGUCCUGUGGCUGCAAAAGGUGUGGCACUGGUCACCACUCCAGUUUGCCGUGGGGUGGACACCCUUUGUUAUCUGUGCCACGGGGGCAGCGAUUCUCGCCGCGUGGAUGAUCCCCCGACUGGCGGCGCAAUGGAUUCUCGCCAUCGGCACCAUGACCAUCUUAGUCUCCAACGUACUCAUGGCGACGCUGCCCGUUCAUCAAAGUUAUUGGGCCCAGGUUUUCCCUUCAGUCAUCCUGUUCUCCUUCUGUCCUGACUUUGUAUAUACCGCGGGGCAGAUAAUCGCCAGCAACUCGGUCCGACGUCAUCAACAGGGAAUUGCGGGGUCUGUCAUCGGCACACUCAAUCUGUACGGAAACAGUCUCGGUCUGGGGUUUGCCUCCACCAUUGAGACGCACAUCGCACGCCGAUCCGGGAGCCCGAUUUUGGGCUAUCGGGCGGCACUUUUCUUCGGGGUGGCUAUCAGUGCCGUUGCGCUGAUCCUUGACGUGUGCUGUGUCCGACUUGUCAAGGAUGACCGAGAAGGGUGGCCCGAGGAUGACAUCGAGAUUGAGCUACCGGAUCAGGGCGAAGCCACUGGCGUCCACCUGUUCCCUGCCAGUGCCCGCCCUUGA